GAGCAGAGGGAACGGCCCCAGGGGAGCUCAGGGGGCACCAGCAGGAAUUUCCCCAUGGAAAGGGGGGCAGGAAUUGGAGCUGCAGAAUGCAUCAGGAAUUGUACCCAGAUCUCUGGCUGGAGUUGCUUUGUGAAUUAUCCCAGUGCACAAGGCAGGUGGACAAAGUGGCUGAGCUGGUGGCCAGGUGGUUCUACUGUGCCCUGAGCCAGGAGAAGCUGCGCCCACCCAUCGUGGCCUGUGAGCUGGGCAGGCUGUACAACAAAGAUGCCAUCAUUGAGUAUUUGCUGGACAAAUCCCCUGAUAAAACCCCCAUGGAAUCUGCAUCCCACAUCAAGAGCAUUAAGAACGUGACAGAGCUGCAGCUGGUGGACAACCCAGCCUGGUGUGGGGACAAGGAGAGCAUCAAGGGGGACAAGUAUGAUGACGUGCAGGCUGCACGCUUCAUCUGCCCCGUGGUGGGGCUGGAGAUGAACGGCAGGCACAGGUUUUGCUUCCUGAGAAACUGUGGCUGUGUGUUCUCUGAGCGUGCUCUCAAGGAAAUUAAAGCAGAAGUUUGUCACAAGUGUGGCGUUCCCUUUCAAGAGGAAGAUGUGAUUGUCCUUAAUGGGAAUAAAGAGGAUGUGGAAAUUCUGAAGAAAAGGAUGGAGGAAAGAAGACUUAAAAGUAAAUUAGAAAAGAAAUCAAAGAAAGGCAAGACUGCAGCAGCAGCAGCUGCUCAGCAAGAGCCCUCUGCAGAUUCUCCAGGUCCUUCGAAAGCUAAGAGUGGAAAGGAUUGUGUCAGUUCCAGCUCUGGGGAGAACAGGCAGAUAAUCUUCACCAAAAGUUCAGAGAAUGGAAACCCAUCAGUCCCAGGAAAAGUCAACAAAGCUUCCACCACCACCAAGAGAUCCAUUGCAGACAGCGAGGACAAGUCUGAGGCUUACAAAUCUAUUUUUACAACUCACAGCUCAGCAAAACGCUCCAAGGAGGAGUGUUCCAACUGGGUUACUCACACAGCUUACUAUUUCUGAAGCAAUGAGGAGCAGCCGUGGCUCCUCUCCUCCCCCUGCUCUCUGUGUCCUGCUCUGCUCCUGGCUGCAGUUCCUGUUCUUAGCUGGGGAGCCUCUGUCAGCUGCAGGUUCUGGUGAAUCAGAAGCAGAUCAGCAGAAUCCAUGUUGUAGCACAGAUUUCAUUCUGAAAUGGUGGAGUUUUUGCACAAAAAUUCUCCUUUUCUCCUCGCAGUUGGAUGUUACCCUCAGUCACAGUGUCCUCAGGAGAAGUUCCUGUUCUCCUCCUCUUGUGCCACAAAAUAAUUGUGUAAUUACAGCUUUCAGUGUAUUACUACAGAAUUCAAACCCUCUGUAACUUUCUGACAGCAAAAAUAGAAAUAAUGCCUUUUUAUGUCAAGCUAACUGGGCCCUCAGCAGAACUCUGUAUUUCUAAAAGAUUCUGCAGGUAUUUUCAAAUAAUUUACCUUUGACAGAGUAGAUGAGAGCACAGUCAAGAAAAUGUUUGUGCAACAUCCUUGUCCAUAUUGUUGUAGCAGAAUAUUCCCUUGUUAAUGUCUGAAUCCCUUAAUACCCACAUGGAAUGACCAGAGGGAAGACCUGAAGUUUUUCACUUUCCUCUCUCCCUCUUUUAAAAUUGAAAUCUGCUUUUCUAAUCUUGGCACAAACCAACCACAAUGGAAAUGCAGAAAGUAGGAGGCUUUAAAAACCACUGCGUGAUGUUACCUUGUUACCUCUGUGUGUGAAAAUGAUUAAUUAUCCUUGUAAUAUAAUUUUAAAAGUGUCCCCAUUUAUAAUUGGCAGUAGUUACCUGGAGAUUCAAAUGCUGUGUUGAUAUUUGCAUAGGUGAUCUCCAUGAUUCAAACAGCUUGAAUGAAACUGCUGGGCUUUUAUUAUUAUUUUGAUAGGUAUAAUUAAAAAUUGGUUUGCUGUAGGAUUUA